CAAUAGGCAAACGAACGAACAGCGGCCCUUCCAAAAUAGAGUACAGCCAGUCAUAUGGGUCCUUCAAGACGUGUUUUGCUUCUAUUAGCCUUAUUUAUAUUGAAAAUACGUUAAAUCUUAAUUGGAGCAUAUGAAAAAGAAGUCUUAGAAUUUAUUAAAUUAUUCAAAUCGAUCUCCAAACUCUUUCAAUAAUAAUUUUAAAAAUUCUCUUCGAUGGCCACCCCCAAGAGCUUUGGAGGAAGCCCAUAAGGUGAUCUCAAAGUCCGAAGCCCUGAUGAAGAACUGAGGACGUGAACGAGCAAUGAGAGGUUAGAACAUCGAAAAUGAUAACUUAUCGAGUAGAAUUCACUUUGGCUCGAUUGGCAGGGAUGGCAGUUGCCAAACGUCUAUGGAUGUACAAACCCUUGAAAGAUCUCCUAGAGUUCUAUUUUAAAAAGUCCGUGGAAAAUGUUGAAAACAUACUCCCUUUUGCUGUUACUCGUGUGGUAGGUUACUUACACCUCCCCGACCCAGUGAAGGAAGAGCUGCUGUUUUCAAUGGGCACAAUGGGAUGGCAGAUAUGGGAUCUUUUUCGUGAUUUAGGAUGGGUGUACUCUGGCAUUGUUGGAGCAAAUCAUCCAGAACGCAAAUGGCCCCAUAUCGACAAUUAUAUGGAUCACGUUCAUUGGAGGAACGAUCGGUGUCUGGUUCUGGCUGAUACUAUUAGAUCCCUGUACUACGCCAAAUGUCUGCCGGAUUGCUAUUUAACCUGGGUCGAGCUCUCCAGGCAUUGCCUGGAGGACUGCAUGCGAGAUCUAUGGCCGAAAUUGUGGAGACCGGAACGUCCGAGAAGCUGGAAAGAUCUUCACGAUAUUAGUGAAGAGCAGGACGACGAUCACACGAAUAAAUGUGAUUACAUUCUCCAAGUUUACUGGGUCGCACGAAUGCACCAUGAGAGCCCGACCCCAACAUGUCGAUCAUUUCGAGGAUGGAAUAAUACCUAUUAUGCAGAGGCUCAUACUCUUUCAGAGAUCAUGAUGAUCAACGCUUUUAUCGCCGGCAAUUAUUCGGCACUCCUAUACUUCUGGAACAUGCUCGAUGGUGAACAAAGAUUGAGGUUAAUCACUCAUAUUGGUCGACUUGUAAAUUCUGAUAGUAUCGUUCAAUCAGAAUUAUUUCUAUUGAAGCAUGGCAGAGGAGCGAGCUUCUUCCUUUUAUUUUUCUUAGAACAGCUGACGAUUUAUCAACUCGACGACAUGAGGAUCGACUUAUUGGGCUGGGGAUUUAUUCUAGCACAGCUGUUGAACUGGCCUUACGAUAAUCUCUUUCUUGGAGUGCUCAAAGAGGCCUUGCGUCAUCACAACUCGAUUCAUUAUGGACCAGUAUUCGCUAAUAUUUUCAUAAAUAUCGAUUAUCUUCAUCAAUUCAUUCAAUGCGAGACCAAGUACUACCGACUGUUCUGUGAAAUUUGGAGGAUGAAUCCACCGAAUUUGAGGAAGUCUAUGAAUGAUAUUGAAGCGUUGAGCAUGUUGGAAAAGUUGAGAAACGUGAGAUUGUAUAAUUUUAUCUUGGGGGAUCAGGCGCUUCUGCACAGGAGGAAAAACUUAUUAAGUAAGAUUGUCAACACCUGGGCAAGAGCUGACCUUAAUUUUGAGAAGGAAUUCAUUGAAAAUGUUCUUAUUUCUCGGACAGAACGCCAGUGGUUCCAAAGCCAAGUUGUCAAGCCUUUGGGGUAUAGAAGGAGGCUGUAGUGAUUACUGGGAUACUUUUUUUAUUGUAAAAUUAUAUAAAUACAUUGAGAGGUUAUGCUUGUACAUUGUAUUAAAGUUCAUUCAGAUAUUUGUAUUGAUUAAACAGUGAAUUUCUCGACUGCA